GAUUGUCAAUGUAAUGAGUGAAUGAGUGGCAUUAUUGGACUGACUGUGUUUGUAUACGGUCGUCUAAAAAUGAAUUCUAUUCUUAUUCUCGGUAUUUUUAUAGGAUCUUCUCUUGGAGUUCCAGAUAAAAAGAGCCCCCCAGAAUGGAGCCCAAACUACUCUGUAAAAGGCAUGCUGUUCAUCCCAUAUGCUGAGCUGAGUGAGCCGUUCUACGCAUGGUUCGACAGCAAAAACGGCAAAUCCCGUAUCGACUAUUACGGCACCAUGGUCAAAACGUACCAACUGUCGUCCACCGUAUUCCCCAAGUAUGGCACUUCUGUCAAGAUCGCUCCGGUUACGACGGAAAAGGAGCUGAACAAACAGACAUGUCUCCAGGUGAACGGCACCGAGGGUCAGCCGGUUGGUGUCCAGACUGUGUUGCCCGACAUGACAGAUUUCAAUUAUGUCGGAUCAGAAGUGAUGCAAGACUCCGAGACGUGGAAAUGGCGCAUGGUACAGAAUAUCGGCGAUAAAGUCAAUAAAUACACAAUGUGGGUGAAAUACAAGAAGACCUUGAAGGGUGACUCCAUUCCUAUACCAGUCAGAUACGAAAUGAAAGGGUACAACAGCCUCUUGGGGUCUCACUACGACCACUACUACAUCAGUUACGACAACUAUGACGUCGAAGAUAUUGAUCCGGCCGUGUUCAAGAUUGACGCCGGCAUGCAGUGUACCUCAUUCCCGGGCCCCGGGGCCGGCCAUUACGCGACAUUCAACCCCAUGAAAGAGUUCGUUCACCCCAACGACGAUUCUCAUGUACAUGACGAGUUUGACAGAUUCAAGAACAAGCACGGGAAACAGUAUGAUAGUGAAAUUGAACACGAGAAGAGGUUGAAUCUGUUUAGACAGAAUCUCAGAUACAUACAUUCCAACAAUCGUGCACGUCGUGGUUUCACAUUGGCCGUCAACCAUUUGGCUGACAGGAGUGACGAUGAAAUGGCCGCUUUGAGGGGCAGACGCCAUGAUGGGCCCAGCCCGUUGGGUCUACCAUUCCCGUACACGGAGUCAAUGAUUGAGGAGAUGAGCAUCAAAUUGCCAUACGAAUACGAUUGGAGACUAUUUGGCGCUGUCACCCCCGUCAAAGACCAAUCGGUGUGCGGCUCCUGUUGGUCGUUCGGCACCGUGGGCGCGGUGGAGGGCGCUUUGUUCCUGCAUAACGGCGGCCAUCUUGUCAGGCUCAGUCAACAGGCAUUGGUUGAUUGUUCUUGGGGUUAUGGAAACAAUGGUUGUGACGGCGGUGAAGAUUUCCGCGCUUAUCAGUGGAUCAUGAAGCAUGGACUGCCCACUGAGGAAGACUACGGCGGUUAUUUGGGACAGGACGGCUACUGUCAUAUCGAUAACGUGACCUUGGUGACCACCAUGAAGGGGUGGGUCAAUGUGACAACCAACAACGAGAACGCAUUGAGGUUGGCUAUAUUCAAACACGGCCCUGUGUCGGUUGCCAUAGACGCGUCACACAAGACGUUCAGUUUUUAUUCGAACGGAGUGUACUAUGAUCCUAAAUGCAAAAACAAGAUAGACGAGUUAGACCACGCGGUCUUGGCCGUUGGUUACGGCAUCUUGAAUGGUCAGAAGUAUUGGCUGAUCAAGAACUCUUGGUCUAACAUGUGGGGUAAUGAUGGCUACGUUCUGAUGUCAAGCAAAGAUAAUAAUUGUGGAGUAGAAACCGCACCUACCUAUGUACUUAUUUGAAUUAAUAAAUAAAAUGAAAAUUUGUAUGAAUUGUAGUUUAGGUUACCGUUAAAAUGUAUAAGUCCAUAAGUUUUGGUAUUGCAAAGUGAUAGAUAAGAUAAAUUUUAUAAAAAAAUAUGUUAUAAAAAUCACAAGCGACAUAAAUAACCUCCAAAUUUUGUUCGCGCCUUAAAUAUGUAUGUGUCAUGUGAGAAUCUCAUUUUUUUUUAAAUUUGGAAGUCCGAUAUUGUUGCUGCGUGCCAAUAUUUUUGAAGACACAAAAAUAUUUUGUAAAUUGUGUAAUGCAUGCAUUAUGGGAGACCUAUUUUAGAUGCGUUCGUUCACUCGGCUGGUUGGGGCAGGCGGGUGCCGCCAUUUUUAAAUGGAUUACAAAAUCUAUACCUAUAGGUAUCUUAUUUUGCUUGAUGCAAAUUACAUAAAAUAUUUAAGGAAUGGAAAACUUUACAUAAAAUAGAAAUUUCGGGGUAAAAUGCAGCGUGAUAAAAAUAUUGCAAUUGAAAUUUUAGAAAUAAAUUUACGUUUCCUCUUCAAAUGAAUCUGGGUUUGUUAAUUUACUUUCUUUGAGAAAUCAUUAAUAAUGAAAAAUAUGGAGCUAGAAUGACAUAUCAGAUGUUAUAGAGUAAUUUCAUCAUAGAUAUAACUUUGGGCUAUGAUAACCAUAAGUUUUUAUUUUUAUAUAUAUAUGUAAGUUUUUUUUGUAAUCGAUCCAUGACAUUUGUAAAAUCAAGUGCAUGCGAGGUUUAAGUUGCUUUUGUAAGAAUCGAACUUAAGACCAGUGUUGCUUAGCUGGCGUUUUUAACCUUUUACGUCGGGGCCUCACAAUAUACUUGGUAUAUAUAAUCUCAUUAUAAUAUAGAACAAUCUGCCUUAUAUAUUUUCUUUUUUUUAAAGAAAAUGUAAAGUUAAUGGCUGUGUACAACAUUCCUUGGCUUUUAAACCGACUUCAUAAUAGGAGGUUGUAUGUAUUUUUUUUUGUAAACUAAGAAAAAGAUUUUAAUAAAGUUUAUUAUACAA